GUCUGACUUUGAAUUCUGAACUCGUGGGUGAUCGCUUGUUGCAAUGCUACAAUAUACAGUGGUUGCACACAAAGUCUCUAUCCUUUUCAGUCACUAUGAGUCAUCGUAAGUUUGAAGCCCCUCGUCACGGUUCCCUCGGGUUCAACCCCCGUAAGCGUGCUGUACGUCACGCUGGAAAGAUCAAAUCUUUCCCCAGAGAUGACGAGUCCAAGCCUUGUCACUUGACCGCCUUCCUUGGUUUCAAGGCCGGCAUGUCUCACAUCGUGCGUGAGGUCAACCUGAUCGGAUCCAAGGUCCACAAGAAGGAGGUCGUGGAGGCUGUCACCAUCAUCGAGACACCCCCUAUUGUGGUCGUUGGUGCCGUUGGAUACGUUCAGACCCCCCGUGGUCUGCGUACCCUAACCACCGUGUGGGCCCAGAACUUGUCCGAUGACGUCCGUCGUCGUUUCUACAAGAACUGGUUCAAGAGCAAGAAGAAAGCUUUCACCAAGUACGCGAAGAAGUGGGGUGAUGAGAACGGCAAGAAGGAGCUUGAAGGUGAGCUUGAGCGCAUGAAGAAGUACUGCACUGUUGUGCGUGCUAUUGUGCACACACAGAACAACAAGAUCCGUGGUGCCCGCUCUAGCUCUCAGCGCAAGGCUCACAUCAUGGAGAUCCAGGUCAACGGUGGAUCUAUCUCCGACAAGGUCGACUUUGCUCGUGCCAACUUCGAGAAGGAGGUGAACGUGACUGACGUUUUCUCUCAGGACGAGAUGAUUGACGUGAUUGGUGUAACCAAGGGUAAGGGUUUCAGUGGUGUCACUGCCCGUUGGGGUGUGAAGAAGCUUCCCCGUAAAACCCACAGAGGUUUGCGUAAGAUCGCCUGUAUCGGAGCGUGGCAUCCCGCCCGUGUGUCCUCCACGGUUCCCCGUGCAGGUCAGCGUGGUUACCAUCACCGUACCGAGCCCAACAAGAAGAUCUACCGAAUCGGUGCCGCACCUUCUGUUGUUGACGGUAAGGUUGUGGACAACUCUGCCUCCACCGAGUACGAUAUCACCGAGAAGAGCAUCACUCCCAUGGGUGGUUUCCCUCACUACGGAGAGAUCCAGAAUGAGUUCGUUAUGAUUAAGGGUUGCUGUGCCGGACCCAAGAAGCGUGUAUUAACCCUAAGAAAGACUCUGCUUACACAAACCAAGCGUUCAGCCCAGGAGAAGAUCACGCUCAAGUUCAUUGAUACUUCAUCCAAGUUCGGACAUGGACGCUUCCAGACCAAGGCCGAGAAGGUUGCUUUCCAAGGUCUCCUCAAGAAGGAUCUGGAGAAGGCCGACGAGUAAGUGGAGUAUUCUCUUUCUUGAAGUCAUUAAAGAUCUUCCCCCUGAAUAUCAGUUCGUAGUAUUUAGGUAUUGCUCUCGAUUGAAGAGUUAACCCGGGUAGUUAUGUUCAGCGAGUAUUGUUUACCAUUUCAACUAAAUCGAAGUGAGACAUAAACCGGAAUGCUGUUAAUCCUUGAUGAUAUGUUUUCAUUUACAGGAGUUUAACAUGCGAUAUAAAUUUGCGCAUAUAGUCAUACAUAAAACAAUUAAAAUAGAUAUACACCC